AUGAACAUUAAUCCCACUUACGACACCUACCAAAUACCCAAGUCGGGGUUCGUCAAGCAAGAGGCUGAUAGCACUUACUCGCCACCCCCGAGCUACUGCGAACCCUGGUACAACCCCUACUACUACCAGUACUUGCAAAAUGCGGCCCUGUACAAGUUGCAGUUCAGGGGGCCCCCGAGGGCGCCGCUACAGCCCAAAUUAGUGGCGGGGAAACUCAAGCCUAAACGACAGUUUAUCUGCAAGUACUGCAAUCGACAAUUUACCAAAAGCUACAAUUUGUUGAUCCAUGAGAGGACGCAUACCGAUGAAAGGCCCUAUUCGUGUGACAUCUGCGGGAAGGCCUUCCGGAGACAGGACCAUCUCAGGGAUCAUAGGUAA